AUGACAUUGAUAGUAUAUGUCAAUGAUGUAUUAUUAGCCAGUGAUAGUUUACAAGAUAUUGAACUAUUAAAGAAGUUCCUGGAUGACCAAUUUACAAUUAAAGACUUGGCGCCAUUGAAAAAUUUUCUUGGACUAGAGGUAGCAAGAUCUCACACUGGGAUCUCUCUUUGCCAACGAAAAUAUGCACUAGACAUACUACAAGAUACUGGCCUCAUUGGUUCCAAAUCUGCAGCAUUUCCUAUAGAAUCUAAUCUUAAACUGACUAUUGAUGAUUCAGAACCAUAUGAAGAUCUAUCAGCUUAUAGAAACCUGGUUGGCAGAUUGUUAUACUUAACAAUUACCAGACCAGACCUUGCCUAUUCUGUUCAAGUUUUGAGCCAAUUUCUGGCAAAAUCGACAGUCAAUCAUCACAAAGCAGCAGUGAGGGUACUUAGUUACUUAAAGGCUACUCUUGGACAAGGCUUAUUCUUCCCUUCAUCCUCAGAACUUCAGUUGAAAGCCUUCUCAAAUAGUGAUUGGGCAAGCUACAUCGAUACCAGGAAAAACAUAAUAGGUUUUGCAGUGUUCUCGGGAAAUUCUUUGCUCUCAUGGAAAGCUCAAAAGCAGGCCACCAUUAGUCGAUCCUCUGCUGAAGCAGAGUACAGAGCUCUUGCAACUACAACUUGUGAAAUACAAUGGUUAAUCUAUGCACUACAAGACUUGCAGAUUGAUCACUCUCAAUCAACACUCUUGUAUACAGACAGCAAAUCUGCUAUGUCCAUUGCCACAAACCCAGUACAACAUUAG